GUAAGAGCUUUACUGCUUUGCUAAUGACUUGCUAACAAAUAUAACAAUGGCCUGCAAUCUAAACCAAACUCUUCCUCUCCCAAAGUCAAAAAAAGACUUUCUCUCUCUACUCUUCAUUCCGCCCACGCCUUUCUGCUGCUGGCUGGUGGCUGCUUCAACAAGCUUGGCAGCAGAGUUCUUCGUUUUUCUGUGUGUUGACUCUAACAGCAAAAGUGGUGUAAAAAUGACUUGUUUUGGUCUCUGCCUAAGAGGGAUUGCAUCUCCAACACACAACAAUCUAACAGAAAUUGAUGAAGAAAUUUCAACCAUUGAGAACGCAAGGGUGUAUCAUUACAAGGAAUUGCAGGCUGCAACAGAAGAUUUUUGCCCUGUAAACAAAAUAGGCAAAGGAGGGUUUGGCUCUGUAUACAAGGGGAGGCUAAAAGAUGGAAGAUUGGCUGCUAUUAAGGUACUUUCUGUUGAAUCGAAACAAGGUGUGAAGGAGUUUUUGACAGAAAUAAAGGUGAUCUCAAAUAUAGAACAUGAAAACCUGGUGAAAUUGUAUGGCUGUUGUGCGGAAGGGGAUCAUAGAAUAUUGGUGUAUGGCUACCUGGAAAACAAUAGUCUUGCUCAAACUCUGCUUGGUGGUGCCCAUAGUAGCCUCCAGUUUAGCUGGAAAACCCGAACUAAAAUAUGCAUUGGUGUUGCACGAGGACUUGCAUUCCUCCAUGAAGAAGUCCAGCCUUAUAUAGUUCAUAGAGACAUUAAAGCAAGUAACAUCCUUCUCGACAGAGACCUGACCCCAAAGAUCUCAGACUUUGGUCUUGCUAAGCUUAUUCCAGCUGAUAUGACCCAUGUUAGCACUCGUGUGGCAGGAACUUUAGGUUAUUUGGCCCCUGAGUAUGCCAUCAGAGGGCAGUUGACCCGGAAAGCAGAUGUAUACAGUUUUGGGAUUCUCCUUUUGGAAAUCGUUAGUGGAAGAUGCAACACAAACAAGCGGUUACCUAUUGAACAACAAUAUCUACUUGAACGGGCAUGGAAACUGUACAAGAAGGGGGAGCUCAUUGAAUUGGUAGAUACGUCAUUGGGAGACGACUUCAAUGUUGAUGAGGCUUGCAGAUUCUUGAAGGUGUCUCUCUUAUGCACCCAAGUCAUGCCCAAGAGCCGGCCAUCGAUGUCCACUGUUGUGAAAUUGCUGAUUGGUGAGAUGGAAGUGGAUGCCGAAGAGAUAUCUGAACCAGGCAUGUUAUCAGACCUACUGAGUCUCAGGAGUAACAAGAAUACCUCAUCAGACUCACUGUCUGCUGGCUCAGGAAAACAAGUUGAUUCCUCUUCAUCUAUGAACACAACAAUGACACAUGGAACUAUGACUUUCACAUCAAUAAAUGACCGAAAUAGCUGAGCUAAACACAGCAUGGUAAAGCCCAUGUCCUUGUCUAUCAUCCUUUUAUCUAUUGAGUUUAUUUCUUGGUAAGAUUUUGCUCUCUAGCUUGUGGAAUUAGGAGUUCUUUCACUUCAAUUGUAUUCUAAGCUGUAAAUAUGACCUCGAAUUUGUAUAAUUAGUCGAUGAAUCAUUGAGACUUUUCCCAUUUUUUUCUAUUUAAGUACAUGUCAUAUUGUAUCACGAGAGACAAUGUUCUUGGAAAUGCGCAAUGAUUUGUAAGCAUAAAGCCUCCAAGGAAUUUACA